AGUUUGCAUCUUCUUCCAAGAUUUCUUUUGGUGAUGGUUGGGGGUGGCCUCUGUGUAAAUAUAUAAAAAUAGCUUGGUGGUUUAAAAAUAACGUGGGUAACUGAUGGCUCUAGCAGCUCCUGGGGAACUGUGAUGCUCUAAAAGGGGCUGUUUUACCUCCGCUCUGUACAGCAACCAAGUUAACCCGCCGAGGAGAGGAUACCUCGUCUUCAAACAUGUGCUUGCCUGUCGGGUUUGUGGCUUUUCAAAGAUCAUUUUCUUUCGGAGUGAGUUCCCCUCCUGUCCCUGAGUUGUUUUCUUUGCUGUUCGGCUUUCUUAAGUGCUGCCUCUGGGUAUUUGGGUGUUGCUCUCUGACUGCUUAGUGCUCCUGCAGCUCGAGUGGCGGGGCCUCGGCAUGCAUCUCCUGCGCUGCUGGGACGGGGGGACACGGAACGUGCUCUCGCUUGGCAGUUCUGCGUUCUGGGGGUGGCUGCUGCUGCUUCCCGGAGUUUAACCGGAGGGAUACCGGCUUUCAAGUGGCGGUAGGAACAAGGGCUUCUUCGUGUCGCACACUCAUCUGUCUGCAGAUAAGCAAACGUAUUUUGCAAAAAUAACAGUAGCAUGUUAUCAUGCCUGUCUCUGACAUGUAAGAAUUUUACUAAAACCUGAGAUCCUUCUUUCCAGAGGAAUGUUAGUAACAUCUACGCUGCAUUCAGGUUUAUUUUCUAAACAUUCCUUUUUUUAUUUUUGGAAAAAAGCGUAAGGGUUUAAUCCUGCUGCCAUAAGCCAUAACAUGUGGCUACAUUUUUCUCUUUGCUCUGGAGCCCAUGUAUCUUGUUAGCUCUAGCCUAUCCUUUAGCUCAUUAAUGGUAAUAUUAAUCUGUUCCAGUUCUCAGCUCUAAUCGCAGAUUCCAUCUGAUCAGGGUUUUCUCUUGAUCUUUUCCAAGAAGCUCAUUAUCUAAUACAGCUGUAAAUGUUGCUGGGCCUGACACUAAUGCAUAUUUUGUACCAUGGGGGAAUUUGACUAAUAAAAUAAUCCAAUUAGACAUUUGUUUUUGUCUCCCUGGGGCAUCUUAGAUUACUUGUCUACCUCAGUUAUGUGUUGUAAUUAGUUAACGUUAGUACAUCCCUUUGAUGUAAAAGCACUGGUAUUAUCUUUGGCUCUGGCUCUGAAUCAGAACUUUAUAAAAUAGCUGGGGAUUAAAAUUGCGGCAGCAUCAGGCGGGUGUAUGGAUACUGUCAGACCAGCGCUGUGUGCAUCUUCAGUGCUGCAUGGUGGUGGUUCUUUCCUUGGUUUGGCUUGGAUAUUGGAGGGACCUUGGUCAAACUUGUUUAUUUUGAACCAAAGGACAUCACUGCUGAAGAGGAGGAGGAGGAAGUGGAAAAUCUCAAAAGCAUCCGCAAAUACCUGACAUCAAAUGUAGCCUAUGGAUCUACAGGCAUUCGGGAUGUGCACCUUGAACUAAAGGACCUUACCCUGUGUGGACGUAAAGGCAAUCUGCACUUUAUACGCUUUCCUACUCAUGACAUGCCUGCUUUUAUUCAAAUGGGAAGCGAAAAACACUUCUCAAGCCUCCAUACUACCUUAUGUGCCACGGGAGGUGGAGCGUACAAAUUUGAGCAGGACUUUCGCACAAUGGGUGACCUUCAGCUUUGUAAGCUAGAUGAACUCGAUUGCCUUAUUAAAGGAGUUUUGUACAUUGAUUCAGUUGGAUUCAAUGGACAUUCAGAGUGCUACUAUUUUGAAAACCCGACGGAUGCUGAAAGAUGUCAGAAGCUCCCAUUCAACUUGGAGAAUCCGUAUCCUCUCCUUUUGGUGAACAUUGGCUCAGGGGUCAGCAUUCUGGCUGUGUAUUCAAAAGAAAACUAUAAACGGGUAACGGGCACCAGCCUUGGAGGGGGAACCUUUUUUGGUCUCUGCUGCCUUCUUACUGGUUGCUCCACCUUUGAAGAGGCCCUAGAGAUGGCGUCCCAUGGGGACAGUACCAAAGUGGACAAACUAGUGCGGGACAUUUACGGAGGAGACUACGAGCGAUUUGGAUUGCCAGGCUGGGCUGUAGCGUCCAGCUUUGGAAACAUGAUGAGCAAGGAGAAGCGGGAAUCUGUCAGCAAAGAGGACCUCGCGAAGGCUACUUUAAUAACCAUCACUAAUAACAUUGGCUCCAUAGCACGGAUGUGUGCACUUAAUGAGAACAUUAAUCGAGUGGUGUUCGUUGGCAAUUUCCUUCGGAUCAAUACAAUCUCGAUGAGGCUUCUGGCAUAUGCUUUGGACUACUGGUCGAAGGGACAGUUAAAAGCACUUUUCUUGGAACAUGAGGGUUAUUUUGGUGCAGUCGGUGCUCUUCUGGAACUCCUGGAUUCAGCGUAAUUCCAUGCAGAUUCCAUAAGUUGGACCUAUGAAGUUGUGGCACUUCCUGGGUCACUAAGCCCAAGUUUCGCUUUAAAACGUGUGUUCAAUGACUGUUAAACUAAUUGUGCGUGACCUAAUCAGAAAAGGAAAGGACUGUUGCGUUUCUGUCUGUAAACAGUUGAAACCAGUCUUCGAUGACAACACAGGUUUGUUUAAAAGGAGUAUAUAUGCAAAUGUACUGGCCGAAGGUGGUGGUUCUAUCUGGAACAUCUGUAGGGCAUUCAGUCACAUCAAACAGCCCUUUUUAUGUAGUCUUUUCCAUGUUUAGUGGUGGUGACAUAAUAGAUGUGCACUCUAUUCCUUCCAUCAAGAUUCCUUUGAGUGCUGAAUGUCUACCCAGUUCACAGUUUAUAGAGUUCAGCUGCAGCGUUUUGUGUUCCGUAAACGAAAGGCAUCGUGUUCACAUUGUGCUGUUAAUUGUCUGUAAAAGGGAAAGAAUAUCAGCACAGCCCUGGCAUGUAAAAACCAUACGGACCACUUCUGUCUCCUCUGAACCCUACAGUGGCCUGUCAAACACCGUUGUGCUGUCAGUAAGGCUUUAUUCCUGUUACCGCAGCUUCUUAUCUAUGUAUACGAGAGACGAAAGGUAAGGCAUAAAUCCUGUGUCUCGGGUUGAUUCCGAUUUCAGCCUGUAACACUUCUGUACAGACCACAGUACCCUUUGGGGUAUGCCAUAGUGCUGGCAUAGUGUUGGGAGUGUCUGUCAACCUCUGACCUUGAGAUCUGCUAAAAGCAAAUUUGAGGAUGAGUGUACUGUGGUGGGGGGUUUUUGUUUGUUUGUUUGGGUUUUUUUUUUUCUCUGUGUAAAACUUGGCUGCAUAUAACUAUACCAAAGAGAUUAUUUUUUUUUUCAGUCAUACACUUGGGAUCUUCUCUGUAAUGUUCCAUUUUACAUUUAUAAACUGCUAAACUACUUUGGUUUCCGGGGGAAACCUCUCCUUCCCAUAUGCAUGCUGUGCUCUUCUCUGUUUUCUCUGUGCGUGCCAUCUUGCAUACAGCCUGCAAACUGGGUUGCUGCAGUCUGGAACCCUUAAAGACGCUGCGCUCUCAGGAUGCGGAUUUAGAAAUGGCUUACUGCGCACUGAAUAGAUGCUGAUAGCAGACAGCAGUUUAAAAAAGAAAGCAGCACGCGCACGGUUUGUAAUCUGCCCGCCCUUCCUCCUGUCUCUGCUUCACUCUGCUCUUUGCAGAAAUUCUUCCCAGGCUUGGACCUCGCGUUAUGAAAUUAAGAUGAUCUCUAUCGUGUUCUCUUGGCCGUGCUACUAGCAUCAGUUAUUUCAGCGUAACUGCACUCCAGUCAGGGAGUGUGGCAAAAGCUGCUUUUCUGAAAAGCCAUCUGCACCUUCCCUUGAUGAUGUAAGCUAAAUGGAGAUACUACUUCAGAGUGUUCUCUGCAAUACGGUGCUCUGGCUUUCCAGCUGAGCAGCUCAGCUAUAUGUAGAAGCCGUCCUUCCGUGAGCAAGCUGAAGCACCCUUUUGUGGAAAUGCAAGCGCGGAUCAGUUCAGUUCAUACUCAUUGGGGUUUAUCGCAGGACAUCGGAAUGGCUGUCGUCCUGGCUCGAACACAUCUCUUAAGGUCACGGUUUCUUUCCAGAGAAGUUGAUUUUCAGCUCUCUGAUCCCGAUGCGCCUUUUGAUGACCGAUCGCAGCGCUGGACAGCCUGUGCUGGUUUGGUAACUUGCAGUUUGGCCGCAAUAACGUGCAGUAGAGGUGGAGGAGCAGCACAGCAAAUCGUGUCCAGCUCUACCUGUUGCUGCAGCCCGAGAUCCGAGUACUCACAAGGUGCUCCACAGCUCGCUGGGUUUGUUGCACAGUACCAGCCUCUCUUUUGGGCCUGAAAAGGGAAGAAACUACAAAUUUGGAAGAUGUACUCUUUGCUAGGUUAGAUGUUUCUGUUUCUGUCAAAGCCUGUCCUGUCAGCUCUGCUGGGUAAGUGUUCCAGACAGCAGACACAGUGUAAAACAAGGCAUUUUCUCAACUUCAGUUAACUGUGGGCCUGGAACUUCCUGAAUACUUCCAGUAAUUUGAGAACAACAAU